AUGGAGGCUUCUCAGCUCCCCCAGCGCUACUACCCCUUGCUGUUCCCCAAAUCCCUAAAGAGGGUAAGAGGGGAUGUAGUGACGCUUGAGAGCGCAUUCUAUCUCGCAGGCUAUAAAAUCCCUGUUAUUGAAAACUUGGGUGCCACCCUGGACCAGUUUGAUGCAAUUGAUUUCUCUGACAAUGAGAUCCGUAAACUGGAUGGGUUCCCUCUGUUGAGAAGGCUCAAAACUCUUCUGAUGAAUAACAAUAGGAUAUGUCGGAUUGGUGAAAGCCUUGAACAGGCUCUGCCCAGCCUGACAGAGCUCAUUCUUACCAACAACAACAUCGCUGAAUUGGGUGAACUGGAUCCCUUAUCAACUAUUAAAUCACUGACUUACCUGAGCGUUUUAAGGAACCCUGUAACAAAUAAGAAGCAUUACAGAUUAUAUGUAAUCCACAAAGUUCCCCAGGUCAGAGUGCUGGAUUUUCAAAAAGUGAAACUCAAAGAGCGACAGGAGGCAGAGAAAAUGUUCAAGGGCAAACGGGGUGCACAGCUUGCAAAGGAUAUUGCCAGGAGAACAAAAACCUUCAAUCCAGGUGCUGGUCUGCCAACUGACAAAAAGAAAGGUGGGCCCUCCCCAGGCGACGUUGAAGCAAUUAAGACUGCCAUCGCAAAUGCCACGACUCUGGCUGAAGUGGAGCGGCUGAAAGGCUUACUGCAGGCCGGCCAGAUUCCUGGCAGAGAACGAAAAUCAGGCCCAUCGGAGGACGCUGAGGAAGAAAUGGAGGAGGAUACGGUUCCCAACGGAUCCUAG